CUUUGGAUUUGCCGCUGUGAUGUACAUGAUUAUGAGUGUAGGGAUUAUGCUUAAUGAGAAUGCAUACAACAGAGCAUAUGAGAGCAUCAUAUGGGUGUGUUUUUAUUUGGCUCAACUCAUCUAUUUAGACAGAUAUUCUCAAGUCCGUUUCAGAAAAUUUUUAAUCUAUAAUAGGUUCGGUAUCAUGCACCUACUGGCUACAGAUAUUCUAUUCUGGUUUGACAUUGUUGUCUAUGAUACAAAGGAAGAUUAUCAACACCCUACGAUACACCCUUUUUGUAAUUCAUCGGCACAAGAUAAUCAAGACGUUGGAUCUGCCAGAACGUAUGUAGGAGCAUUUGCCGUCGAGUACUGUUUUAUAGCCGUGUGUCUCUUAAGCAGCAUGUGGAGUAAUAUCGGACGAACAGUGAUCAGACGGAACACCGAGAACAUCUCGAAGCACACAUACCCCAUUAUGAAGUCAUUGUACGGCAUUAUAGGGGGCGUGCUAGUACUUAGUCUUAUUAUAGCCCUUGGGGUAUGUGUGUUCAUUAGACUGUGUCCUCUUUGUGGGCAUUAUUUUAAUAUAACGGUCAUUAUUUAUGGUUUGCUUUCCUUAUGUUCUUUGAUUUGUAUGAUAAACACAAACCUUUUAGAAGAAAGAGAAGGCGAGGGUGGCCCAAAACCAGAGGAAUUCACUUCAAGUGUCAUAUACGAUGGAGUUCUGUUAAUGUUUUGUCUUAGUCUCUUUAUCUUACAGACAAUGUAUACGACAGUUUCACUUAUCAUCCAAUACAAAACAGAUGGGUACACAACGUAUGUUAUUGCAGUUUGCCUGUACUUUUUCUUUCCCAUUUCUCAGGCAGUCCUGCUUAGGCUCUGGCAAACACAUACAAUUGACCGAUCAAGACGACAUCGUUUUAACAUGAAUAUGAUAAUAUUCCUAACAAUUUCAAAUUUUGCAUUGUGGAUUGGCGAACAUUAUCAACAAAAACUCGGUCAGUUAUUCUUUACAACAGAGACAAAAGUAUAUGGAAUAUAUUUGUGGUAUAUAAUACAUCACAUUACUGGCCCGUUCCUCAUCCUUUACUUUUUCCAUUCAAGUGUUUGUCUGUUUGAAAUCUGGACAUUAUUUGGUUCAGUGUAAUAUAUUACCGGUAGUUUGUAUAAAUUGAGGUGAAGCAUGAUGGAAAGUAUUAAUAUUUAUAAUAUUUAUACAAUAUUUUGUAUUGAAGGACAAAUUAAAACUAAAUAUAUAAUACAUAUGAAGCCCU